GGCAUCAGAGCACGCAUUUUGGAAACCCUUGUAAUGCUUAUUCUUCUUGCACUGCUUAUCCUUGGAAUUGUAUGGGUUGCUUCAGCACUCAUAGACAAUGAUGCUGCCAGUAUGGAGUCUUUGUAUGACCUCUGGGAAUUCUACCUCCCGUAUUUAUAUUCCUGUAUAUCACUGAUGGGAUGCUUGUUACUUCUGUUAUGCACGCCAGUGGGACUUUCACGGAUGUUUACAGUAAUGGGUCAAUUGCUGGUGAAGCCAACAAUCCUUGAAGACCUAGAUGAGCAGAUGUAUAUCAUCACUUUAGAGGAAGAAGCAAUUCAGAGGAGGCUUAAUGGUGUAUCUUCCGCAGUGGAAUACCAGACAGUAGAGUUGGAACGGGAGCUUGAAAAAGUGAAAAGCAAGAAAACGAAUCUAGAACGGCGGAAAAAAGCUUCUGCUUGGGAAAGGAAUUUAGUCUAUCCAGCUGUUAUGAUAUUGCUACUGAUCGAGACAUCCAUCUCAGUCCUUUUAGUUGCUCUCAACAUUCUUUACCUGUUGGUUGAUGAGACUGCAAUGCCAAAGGGAUCAGGGGGGCCUGGAAUAGGAAAUGCCUCCCUAUCCACCUUUGGUUUUGUGGGAGCAGCACUUGAAAUCAUUUUGAUUUUCUAUCUUAUGGUAUCCUCUGUCGUCGGCUUCUACAGUCUUCGUUUUUUUGAAAAUUUCACUCCCAGGAAGGAUGACACAACUAUGACAAAGAUCAUUGGAAACUGUGUCUCAAUCUUGGUGCUGAGCUCUGCUUUGCCAGUGAUGUCAAGGACACUGGGAAUCACCAGAUUUGAUCUGCUUGGAGACUUUGGAAGGUUUAACUGGCUGGGAAACUUCUAUAUUGUAUUAUCUUACAACUUGCUCUUUGCUAUCAUGACAACAUUAUGUCUGGUGAGAAAGUUCACUUCUGCUGUGCGAGAAGAGCUCCUGAAGGCAUUAGGAUUAGAUAAACUUCAUCUGUCAAACAAUCCCAGAGACUCGGAGGCAAAGCCGUCUGUGAACGGGCAUCAGAAAACACUGUGAUUAACAAUCACCUGCAAUCAACAGAGCUGAAAACAUCAACUAUUCCUGUCAUCUCAUCAGCAUUUUUAUAUUGAUUUUAUUUGUUGAUAAUUUGGGUCCAACCUUGUCUCGUUUUUUAAUGCUGUGUGCUUCUUGAGGGAGUUAGGUAUAUCAGAUUCUUCUCUUUCCAGUGAACUUUUGGUGUGCCUGUUUAUUCGCCAGUAAGUUAAUGCUUGAAGACUGGAAGCUGAAGAGAAUAAUGCAUUCCUUUUUAUUUGUUGACAGUCUCAUAUCUUUAGAUAUAAACCUGCUACCAUUUGAAUGCACAGUACCUCCUGUGUUAUACAGACACAGCUAUAAAGAAUAACUUUGG